GGCUGCAGUUGAAAAAGGGGCGGAAGCGGAACUGACCCAGGACCAAACUUUUCAGGUUUAUACGAACGUGAUAAGACCACGGCUACUGUUAUGUUAUUGAAGUCACUAGUUGGGAGUGCCUGCACUCUGAUAGGAGCAGCAACAGCCCUAAAAUACGUCCCUGUGGAAGUCAAGGCCCAAGCAGCCGCUCUCAUUCAUACCGCAACCAGGAAAUCUCACCUGGUGGAACAAGCGAAUAUGAGGGUUGAACUUCUCCCAGCGCUCAGUGACAACUACAUGUACCUGCUGAUCGACGCGGAAUCCAAAGAAGCCGCCAUCGUUGACCCCGUGGAACCAAUAAAGGUGGUGGAAGCUGUCAGAAAACAUGGUGUCAAACUUACAACAGUUCUGACCACUCAUCACCACUGGGACCAUGCCGGUGGAAAUGAGAAGAUGGUGAAGUUAAUGCCAGGGUUGAAGGUCUGUGGGGGAGACGACAGAGUUGAUGCCCUUACGAAGAAAGUUUCUCAUUCCAACAGUUUCAAACUUGGAUCUCUCAAUGUCAAAUGCCUGUUUACGCCUUGUCACACGACCGGUCACAUCUGCUACUAUGUGACAAAAGAAAACAGCUCGGAGCCACCAGCUGUUUUCACAGGGGAUACGCUGUUUGUGGCUGGUUGCGGUAAAUUCUUCGAGGGUACGGCGGAGCAAAUGUACAGAGCCUUGAUAGAUAUUCUGGGAAGCCUGCCCCCUGAAACGCGUGUUUACUGCGGUCAUGAGUACACCGUCAGCAAUCUGAAAUUUGCACGUCAUGUGGAGCCAGACAAUGAAGUCAUUCAGAAGAAGCUCGCCUGGGCAAAGGAGAAGUGCAGCAAUGGAGAACCCACUGUCCCGUCCACUUUGGCAGAAGAAUUCACAUUUAACCCCUUCAUGAGAGUAAAGGAGAAGUCUGUGCAAGACCACGUAAAGCAGACCGACCCAGUUGAAACCAUGAGAAGUCUCCGGAAAGAAAAAGAUGGCUUCCGCGUGCCCAAGGAGUGAAGCCCUGCGCAUUCGUGUUGACAACUGCUUAUAACACCGACAGCUUUUUAUUAUACGCUGAAGAAAAUACCUAGUUAACUUGAAGUAGAUCGACUACAUUGUCUCUCACUAAGGGUACAUACCAGGUUCUAACAUAUGACUCCAAGUCAUCUGCCCUUCUUUUAAAUGUAUUUGGUUUGUUUUUGUGAAUUUUAAGGAAUAUAUGGCCAUUGCUUUAAUGCUUUAUAUGAAAUGAAAUUCAGUUUGUUGAUCUAAACGUGUAAGAGUCUAUUUAGCAUAAUGCUGAAAUUCAUGUAUGAACAAACUACUGUUUCAUUCACUUUAAAUUUGAUGCACUUAACCAGACAGGGAGCCACACGAGUAACAAAUGUUAACAUAUGUGUACAGUGUCUGGGAAUUUAUUAAGUCAUACCUACACAUUUCUUUGUAAAGAUUUGUAUCAAUGUUUUAUUCCGACCUGGAAUGUUUCUUCACUUCAUUGCUUCCCUAGUAGCUGAAAAAUGUUUUAUCACGUCUAAAAAGUGAUACAACUGCGUUCGGUGAGCGUUCAGCAAUGGCUAGUUAUUGGCGUGUCAGCGUUACAGUUUGUAAAUCCUGAAUGCUCUUUCCUUGUAAAAUACAGUCUUACAAAAAGCUUCGCAUGAGGUGGUUUGCAUAAAACGCAAUAAAAGACAUUAGUUGUGAGCACAAGCAAA